AUGAAUUAGAUUUCCUCGUUUUGGAAUAAUUGUAAAAACAAAGUUCAUAGAUUGCUAGAAGUUAAAAAUAAUUGUCAUGAAAAUGAUAGGGUAAUCUGCAUAUACAAUAUACUUUUAAAAGAACUUAAAAAAAAUCAUAAGGGAAAAGAUCAUCAAUUAGAGAUAUUAGUUUUUGUUCGAGAUUCUCAACUUAAUAUAGGAUCAGUUUAAUGUGAAACUUGUUUUUAAAAAUAAAAAUAGGUUGAAACUUUCUUAUACUCUUUAGAUCUUAUGAAAAUUUUAGAAGAUGCUUACUUCUUCUUAGAUUAAGUUUCUUCUUGUUUUUUAAAUAAUUAGUAAUUUUUAGAAGAAGAACCAUACCAUUAAAUUAUGAUACUAAAGAUAAUGAAAGAAAUCUUAGAUAAUAAAUCAAUUAAUAAAGAAAUUAUUUGGAAGAUUAACAAAUUAAUUCUGGAAUUAGAAUCCUAUUUCAACUUUACUAAUGAUAAAAUAUUUCAUAAUUUAGGAAAGAUUCACUAUUCAAAUAUAAACAAAAUUUAGAUGAAUAAAUUUGUUUAAAAUAUCAAGAAUGAAUAAUAAUAAAUAAAAUCAUACAGAUAAUAUAUUAAAUUACUUCCAACUGUAAUAUCUAUAAGAAAAUUCCAUCCUUCGUCCGAUUAUAUAUACUAAUAAACAGUUUCUGAAGAGUUUCUUGCUAUUUUGGUGACCUAUUAAAUUUUAAUCUAUAACUUGAAAACUGGAGCUCUGUACAGUAAAAUUAAUGUUGAUUAUCAAAAUAAGAAGAUCUUAUUAUUUUAAUUUACAAACGAUGAAAAUUACUUGAUUUUUGCAUUUAAUAGCCCAAUUAAUUUGACAAUAUAUAAUAUGAAGAAGAAGAUCAUGCAAUAGAUAUAAGAAUAAACGCUUUGGAUGAGUAUGGUAUGUUGUAAACAAAAUAAUUAGAAUUAUUUAUUUAAAUACAAUGAAAAUCUAACUAUUAAGCAAUGCUUUUCCUUAGAAUAACAGGAUUGUAAUAAUUUUAAACUAUUCAAAAUAUAUUCUACUCAAGAAAAUUAAUUCUAAACAUUCAUUUUUUAUGAUAACAUGGAAGGAAAAUGGAAAUCUUUAAUAAGAAAUGACAAAGGAAGUAUCUUCAAAAAAAACAUAUAAAUUACUAAUAAAUUCAAACUCCUAUUCGUUCGAUCUUCUAGAAAGAAUUAUUUAUAUUUUACAUUGAUUUCAAACUCUAACAAAAAGAUAAGAAAAAUCAUUAAUUAAGAUGAAUAUUUUUUAAAAACAUACUUUUUCUCGAAAGAUGAGACCUACAUAAUAUCUUCUUCAUUAACUUUUUAUGAAAUUUAAACUGGAAAAAUUGCUUUUACAAUUAAAUUAAAUGAAAAAGAUGAGUUAUUAGAUGUAUAAAUGGAGGAUAGUAGAAUAAAAAUUUUAGCAUGGAGUAAUUUGUACAUUUACGAUCAAGUUAUCAAAAAUCAGUCAAAUAUGGCUGAAUAAUUGAAUUGA